AUGGUCCCUGUACAGUCUUUCACAGGUGGGCUGCUGGGCACAGGUGGGGCUGCUGGUCACAGGUGGGGCUGCUGGUCACAGGUGGGGCUGCUGGUCACAGGUGGGGCUGCUGGUCACAGGUGGGGCUGCUGGUCACAGGUGGGGCUGCUGGUCACAGGUAGGGCUGCUGGUCACAGGUGGGGCUGCUGGUCACAGGUGGGGUUGCUGGUGCUGGUGCUGGCGGCUGGCGCUGGUGCUGGUUCCUGGUGCUGGCAGCUGGCACUGGGGCUGGUUCCUGAUGCUGGCGGCUGGCGCUGGGGCUGGUUCCUGGUGCUGGCGGCUGGCGCUGGUGCUGGUUCCUGGUGCUGGCGGCUGGCACUGGGGCUGGUUCCUGGUGCUGGCGGCCGGCGCUGGGGCUGGUUCCUGGUGCUGGCGACUGGCGCUGGGGCUGGUUCCUGGUGCUGGCGGCUGGCGCUGGGGCUGGUUCCUGGUGCUGGCGGCUGGCGCUGGGGCUGGUUCUGUGCAGUUAUGUGCAGUUCUGUGCGGUUCAAUGCGGUGAAGAGGACUGGGUGGGGCGGCUGA